AUGGGUCGCGUAUUUCUCCUCGCCGCAUGGCUGCUCGCAUGCGCCGUUCCUCAUCACGGUGCAUGUGCAGCAGCUACUGGUCCUGUUUCUGCAAUCGCUGGUUCUCAAAAAAUUGCGUGCAAGCUCUUGAGCCUCACACACCCAGACCAUACCUUUUUUGAGGGCUCCGACAACUACAAGUAUGAAACACAGACGCAGUACUGGUCGUCGACAGCCUACAACACACCAGCAUGUGUCUUUGUGCCUCAAAAUGCCCAGCAGCUCUCUUUCGCGGUGACCACGCUGACGCUAACUUCGACUAAAUUCGCGGUUCGCAGCGGUGGUCAUAUGCCUGUCCAAGGCUAUAACAGCAUCGGCAGCUCGGGCGUGUUGCUAUCCAAUUCCAACCUAAGCACUCUCGCUUUGUCACACGAUCAUGCUACCGUCUCUGUUGGGCCAGCCUACCGGUGGAGGGACGUUUAUUCGUAUCUGCAACCCUACAACCUGACGGCUGUUGGAGGUCGUAUCGGCCAUGUUGGAGUUGCUGGUUUGCUGCUGGGAGGCGGCAUUUCAUUUCACUCGAGCCAAUACGGCUUCGCUGCUGAUAAUGUCGUGGCAUACGAGACCGUCCUCUCCAGCGGUCUCAUUGUGGUGGCCAAAGCAGAUAAUGCCUAUUCGGACCUGUAUUGGGCUUUGAAAGGCGGCGGCAAUUCCUUCGCUAUUGUCACGCGUUUUGAUCUCAGGACCGUUCCGUCUCCCGGCGUCUGGAUCGGAAUCGCGCAGUAUAACGAGACCGACAAGAACAAGUACCUCGAUGCCGUCUACAACUUUGGCAAAUACGGAUCUGCCGAUAGCAAGGCCGCCAUCAUCCCUACAAUCGUUGGUUACCCCAGCGUUGGAAUGAUUGCUUACGCGGCAUCAAGAUUCUACGACUCCUUGACCAAUUCUCCUACCGUGUUUGAGAACUUUACGUCGCUCAAGACUGUGGCUGAUCAGUACGCGUUUGGGGCCCUUGCUACGUAUAUCAGUGCCGUUGACGCACUGCAGCCCAAUGGACUUCGCCAGGACUUCCGUGUUGCGUCUUUCAUGGUCAAUCGUGAAGGUCUUUCCACUGUGCACGACACAUUUUUCGGAGAUGCCAACUCGCAACUGGCAGACAUUGCUGGAUUGACUGCUUCCAUUACCUUUCAGCCCGUCACCAAAGAGUUCAUUGAGAAUGGCCGCAAUCGUGGCGGCAGCAACCCCCAAGGCGUGGACGCUAACAAUGCCCCCUACUUCUGGAUCGUGCAGAACCUGUCCUGGCAGAACGCUGGUGACGACGACACGGUGCGGGCUUUCGCCAAAGCUACCAUUGCCAAGAUUGAGGGAACCAUCACUUCUCAUGGCGUUGCUGGCGGCUACUUAUACAUGAAUGACGCAGGAGAUGGCCAACCCGUGUUCCAGAGCUAUCCAAGUGCCAACUUGAGGCGCCUCAAGGACAUUCGGACCAAAUAUGAUCCAUUCAGGAUCUACACUAACCUCCUGGUUGGCGGUUGGAAGGUCUUGGAUGCCUAG